CUUCUGCUGACGAUGCCAGUUACCCGCGUAGCUGCCCUCGCUCUGCUGCUGCUGUGGGCGCCCUGGAGCUUCGAUCUCUGUGGGUCGCAAGCGCUGCCCAUCCAAGUGCCGAGCGCUGCCACUGCGUCCCUGGCUCUGAGUCUCGUGAUCCCCAAGAACCCGUUGCUGCACCUAUCGGCGUGGGUGAUUCUGGUUCAGUACGUCGCUUCCAACACGCCGGUGGACUCGCACGCGGCGCUUUGGUUCGCGGGUCUCGCUUGCUUCGUGUCCGCGUGGAGCUCCACGAGUCGCCUGAGGCUGUGGCUCCCAGCUGACGAGACAAUUCUCCACACAGUCGAGCACAAGAUCUACGAAAGCUUCCUGGGGUCGGGAUUCACGCUGAGCACUGUGGCUGGAUUGGGGACUGUGCAUGUGCCGUACGCAGGAGGUGAGGGAGACAGGCAAGAGCGCCCUCGGACUGUUGUUCUCGUUCAUGGAUAUGGAGCAGGAAAUGCGUUCUGGGCGGCGUACGUCGUAGAGUGGAAGGGUAUUGGGCGAUCGCUGCGUCCAAAGUUCAAGCCAAGAAACACUGCUGAAGCCGACGCAUUUUUCGUCGAGUCACUCGAGGAGUGGAGGAAAGAGCUGGUGCUCGACAAGUUUGUUCUUGUCGGACAUUCAAUGGGAGCUCUCUACGGAACAUACUACGCGUCUAAGUAUCCCACCUCACUGCAACACGUGAUCUUGGUUUCGCCCGCUGGUGUCCACGCUUCGUCGUUGGCCCAUUCUGAGCUCCCACUUGUCCGCCGAAUUGCAUUUGCGUUGCAUCUCACCCCAAUGUCGGCAGCCAGGGGAAUGGGCCCUCUAGGCCCGCGUCUGGUCCACUGGAUGGUGAAGAAGCGCCUCUCAUGGACUCCGCCCAGCAACGCGAUCCGCACGGGCGAGCUGGAUUUCGAGCUCUUUGCGAAGUACUGCUACCACAACUGGGCGCUAAAGGCUUCAGGUGACAUCGCAGUUCACACACACUUGCACCCUGGUGCGGCCGCGCGGGGGACACCACUCUCCGAGAUCAUCGUGCCCGAGAAGUGGUCGUUGCCCGUGACGUUCAUCUACGGCGGUGGGCCGGACUGGAUGCCCAAGGAGCACGGCGAGGCCGUGGUGGAGCGCCUGCAGAACUCCGAGUGCUACUCGAGCUUCCGCGUCGUUCCGUUGUCGGGGCACCAGGUGUUCCUGGACAACCCGAGCGCGUUCAACCGCGUGCUCAUCGCGUCGGUGCGCGACUGG